UCCCGCCUGGAAGGGGCGGGCGGGGCUCCCUCGGCGCGGCUCCAUGGCGGGGCCCGGCCGCCCUCCCGCCGCGGGCGAAGCCUCCUUCGGGCGCCAGCAGCCCCGGGCAGGCCCCGCUGUUGGAUCUUCCAUUGCACCUGAGGAGGAAGAGGCCAACCCCUUCUCCUUCAAGGAGUUUGUGCGGAGCAAGAACCAGUAUUUGGCAGCCCCUGUCCUGGAGGAAGCAAAGGGGCUGAGCGGCGUUGCCCUGGCCUCCUCAGGGUCAAACACCAGCAGCCCCAAGGAUUCCUCCAGGUUCUCACUCCUCCUGGACGACAGCACCUCGUCCCCUGGGUCUUUGGAUGUGGCCUUCCACAAGCUGUUUCCCCCGAACCCAAUGGCAACUAACUCCUCGCUGGAGGAUGAAGACGAGGACAGCGAAUGGAGCAGCACCUACCAGCCAUCAGCCAUUGAAGAGGCCCACCUGGGCAGGAUGCCCAGCACCUCCUUGGACAGCACCCAUGACUCUCUCUGCUGCAAUCCCUCUGACCUGUCUGAGCUCCAGAGGUUUACUCCGUGGAAGCUGGGGGCCAAGGAGGACCAGAGCUUGCCUGUGGAUGGAGCUGCCGGGGGGGACAGCUUUUAUCUGCCUCCUUGCCAGCCGACUUACGAAGAAUUAAAAGAAGAAAAUUCCAAGUUUAGGAGUAAGAUCAACCAUCUUCAAGCAGUUUCUGAGAGUCAGGCAGAGAGAAUCAAGCAGCUGGAAAGGACCCUGGAGGAGAGUCGGCGGAAAGAGGAGAAGGAGACGCGGGACUUGGAGGCGAUGGUGCAGCAGGUGGAGGAGAACCUUGAGCUGAUGGCGGUGAGUCUGGCCUGCCAGGGGAGGAAGACCAUGGCCCUCCCAGCCCUGGAUGGCUCUGAAUUCCUCCAGGUUCUCACUCCUCCUGGACGACAGCACCUCGUCCCCUGGGUCUUGGAAUGUGGCCCUUCCACAAGCUGUUUCCCCCGAACCCAAUGGCAACUAACUCCUCGCUGGAGGGAUGAAGACGAGGACAGCGAAUGGAGCAGCCCUACCAGCCAUCAGCCAUUGAAGAGGCCCCACCUGGCAGGAUGCCCAGCACCUCCUUGGACAGCACCCAUGACUCUCUCUGCUGCAAUCCCUCUGACCUGUCUGAGCUCCAGAGGUUUACUCCGGUGGAAGCUGGGGGCCAAGGAGGACCAGAGCUUGCCUGUGGAUGGAGCUGCCGGGGGGACAGCUUUUAUCUGCCUCCUUGCCCAGCCGACUUACGAAGAAGUGAGGAAGAUGGGAAUCUGA